UGUGAGCAGGUGUGGUGCACACACAGGUGAUGGCUAUCAAGGCCCUCCUUCCCAUGCUUACAAUGUGUAAAUGGGAGCAGGAUUUCAGACCAGGGCCCUGGAGUUACCCUGAGAUAUUUCUGGUGUUGGGAACUGAACUGAGUGUCUUAGGAAUGCUAGACAAACACUCUACCACUGUGCUGAACCUCCAGCUUGAAGCUCUGCAGUUUACGACUCUCAUGUGUAGCCUUGACUGAGAACUAACUGCAUAUGAACCAGAUGCUGGGCACCACAGAAAGGAAUCAAACUGCUAUCUCCCAGUUUCUCCUCCUUGGACUGCCCAUCCCCCCAGAGCACCAGCACCUGUUCUACACCCUGUUCCUGGUCAUGUACCUCACCACUGUCCUGGGAAACCUCAUCAUCAUCAUCCUCAUUCACCUGGACUCCCAUCUCCACACACCCAUGUAUUCUUUUCUCAGCAACUUGUCCUUCUCUGAUCUCUGCUUUUCCUCUGUCACAAUGCCCAAGUUGCUGCAGAACAUGCAGAGCCAAGUUCCAUCCAUCCCCUAUGCAGGCUGCCUGACACAAAUGUACUUUUUCCUGUUUUUUGCAGAUCUCGAGAGCUUCCUCCUUGUGGCCAUGGCCUAUGACUGCUAUGUGGCCAUCUGCUUCCCCCUUCAUUACAUGAGCAUCAUGAGUCCCAAGCUCUGUGUGAGUCUGGUGCUGCUGUCCUGGGUGCUGACCACCUUCCAUGCCAUGCUGCACACCCUGCUCAUGGCCAGAUUAUCAUUCUGUGAGGACAGUGUGAUCCCCCACUUUUUCUGUGACAUGUCUGCUCUGCUGAAGCUGUCCUGCUCUGACACACAUGCUAAUGAAUUGGUGAUAUUUGUCAUGGGAGGCCUCAUCCUUGUUAUUCCAUUUGUACUCAUCAUUGUGUCCUAUGCACGAAUUGUCUCCUCCAUUCUCAAGGUCCCAUCUGCUCGAGGCAUCCGUAAAGCCUUCUCCACCUGUGGCUCCCACUUAUCUGUGGUGUCACUGUUCUAUGGGACCGUCAUUGGUCUGUACUUAUGUCCAUCAGCUAAUAACUCUACUGUGAAGGAGACUGUCAUGUCUAUGAUGUACACAGUGGUGACUCCCAUGCUGAACCCCUUCAUCUACAGCUUGAGGAAUAGAGACAUGAAGGGGGCCCUAAUUAGAGUUCUUUGCAAGAAGAAAAUUCUUUUCUGCCUAUGA